AUGAUAGUGUUUAUUGUUGGCUCUCAUUCACAAGAUAUUUUUGAUAUUUUCAACAAUGCCAAAGAUCAAGUCGUGCAGAAAGUGGAUUAUGCUUCGACAAAAGUCAAAGAAAAAGUUCGACAACAGGUACUCAACCUGAAAGAUGGUGAAACUUGUCCACCAACACAUACAACAGAAUAUCGAACAGUUUUAGCUGCCUAUCGACAUGUCAUUAAAGAUUGGCUUGAAAAGUUUCCUUCACAAAACUCCAAAGACUACCGUCUUUUAAUUGAUCUGUCUUCUGAUGAUAUUAACCGUCUCAACGAGUUCGCCACUUCAAAUCAGUAUGAACAAAAAGAUGUACUUCAUCAAGUACACAUGGUGUCUGAUAUUCUGAAACAUAUGGUAUAUGAAGUUCAAGAUACACCAUUGAUAAACAGUCUAAGUUGGUCGAAUUGGAUUCGAUCCUUUAAUAUCAAUACAAUCAUUAAAAGCACACUUGUUCUUCUGGCGAUUGGUGUGGUAAGUUUUAUUAGUAUUCGAACACAUCUACGUCGAGGUCGAUGGUUCACAACGUUCGUUUUUGUGGCAUUCAUUGUAUCUGUUAUGCAAAACUGGUAUACACUCUAUCAAGAAGCACAAGCAAAAGUCAAUGAAGUGUUAAUGAAAAAACUGCCCAAACAUUGCCAAGGUCAAUCCAUGGGAUUUUUCGAUAUGAUCGCAGCUAAACUUGGUCGUUUUGUCGAAUUGCCAUCGAAUGAAUGCCGCGAGUAUCAUAUAGCAAUGCAAUCAUCGCCACAUUUGCAAGUCACACCUAUCCAAGCUAUAUCGAUGACUUUCGCUCAAUUAUUUACAACACCACUCGGAGCUAUCGGUGAAAGUUUAUCUCAAUUCUUUGCCGGUACAAUGCGACACGUUCCCUUUGUACUAUGGCCGGUGAUUAUUCUUUUAAUUAUAUUCAUCGCUAUCGUCGUUAUGUUGAUGUACUCUCGAUAUGAAGUUCAUCUGCCAUUUAUGAUGGGCUCUCUUCGACCAUCUCCACAUCCAGCUUUACCGCAAACAACGCCCAUAGCUGAACCGAUUGAAGGCUCCACAAAAGAAACAGCAAAUCAAGUUCGUCAAUUACAGCAUCAAGUGGAGUCGCUGAAAUUGGAAUUGGCAAAGCAAAAUCUUUCAAUAGAACAUCAAUCACCAACGUCUACUCGUUCAAGUCGACCAUCAUCAGUAGAAAAUCCUUUAAGAGAACGCGAACGGUCUCAAUCAAAUCAACGAUCAAACAGGGAAGAUUCCAUUGAAAGUGGACUUCGACAACGAUCAACACCGAACAACAUCGGAUUCAAACAGGAAUUUCUUCCUGAUUAA